AUGUCUGCUAUUCAAAACAUGAAGUGUGUAGUUGUCGGUGAUGGUGCCGUGGGAAAGACGUGUGUGCUCAUUUCAUACACGACAAAUACAUUUCCAGGCGAGUACAUCCCGACAGUCUUUGACAACUAUAGCGCCAACGUGAUGGUAGACAAUCAGCCGAUUAAUUUGGGGCUUUGGGAUACGGCUGGACAGGAAGACUAUGACCGACUUCGACCACUGAGUUAUCCACAGACGGAUGUGUUUCUCAUUUGCUUUUCUGUUGUCAGUCGGGCUUCCUUUGAAAAUGUCAAGUCUAAAUGGCUGCCCGAGAUCCGCCACCACGCACCAAAAGUACCAUUUAUUCUAGUCGGUACCAAGUGUGAUCUUCGUGAUGACGAAGAGACUCUGGAGAAACUGCGGGAGAAGAAACUUGCACCGAUUAGCAAGCAACAGGGCGAAAUACUGACAAAAGAACUUGGUGCAUACAAUUAUAUGGAGUGCUCGGCACUAACACAGAAAGGGCUCAAGUUGGUGUUCGAUGAAGCUAUUCGGUGUGUUAUCAUUAACCAGCAGAAUCCUAAAAAGAGCAGCAAAAGAUCAUUCAAAUGCUUGAUCUUGUAG